AUGCUGCUCCGCAUCGUGCUGGCCUGUCUCGAGACGGGCGGCUGGCCCGCUCUGGUUGUGCACGCUGGUUCAGAGGGGUGGAUGAUGGGCCAGGAGGCUGAGGAUGAGAAGUGGAUAUUUCUUGGGGGCAUGGGGAUGGGCUCCCGUCACUGUCAUAAGCAGACGUUCCUUGUCUUGUCUCGUCUGUUCAGCAAGCCCAUGGUGCGCAUCUGCAUGCCCACCUACGAUACGCCCUCCGACAUUCUCGGCAUAAUGCUGCAACGGUGCAUGCCCGUGCCCAGCCAGACACGGCGGAACCUGCACUCGCACAUGCGGUGUGCUCUGCUCGACGAUGCAACGGACCGCUGCGUCGUCUUCUGCCACAACGAUAGCGCAGUCAUCGUCUCCCAGGAAGUCACACAGCUAUGCGCCGACUUUCCCACUGAGAAACUCGCCAAGCUGGAGAUCUACACUUUCAGUGCUGCCGCCUAUGAGUUUGUGACGCCCCUGGGAGAUACCGAAAUGGAGUCCGAUCCCACCUAUCAGUCCACAGACCAAAAAUCAGAGCGCCGGGGCGUACACGUCGAGCACUUUGCCAUGACAAGCGAUCCCUUUGCCCAGACGGGCGUCCUGCAGAGCGUCCGGCAGAACAUGGACGGCCUGUUUUGCGGCAGCGUCUUCAACAUGAACGACAACAACAACAUGGCCCCAACUUCGCAAGAGUCGAACCGCAAACUCAUGAUGGCCCCAGGCCCCGUGGCAGCCACCACCACGCGCUGCAGCUUCCUGGACAGCGUCUUGACGGUCGAUAGGGACUGUGCCGAGAAGCGCGAGAUCGCAGCCAUGAGCAACUACCACGCGGCCUCGCUGGCCAAGAAGGCGAGCGGCAAGCGGUUGAGCUGGACGGGGCUCGCCACCAUGGCUGCGCAGAGGAAUGGUGUGAAUGCUGGCAUGGUCGCCUUCGAGAUGGCGCGCAAGGGAUGCAAGAGCUGCGAGGGCAACAGGGGGCGUGACAUCAGUUGGCUGGUGAGAUAUGUUGCUGCGGAGGGGAAGCAGGCUACUGAAGUGAAGGCACCUUCUUGAUUGAGGAAAGGCCGAGAGAGAGGCUG